CUCUUUCCUUUUCUUCCGAUACAGGACUUGCCACUCAACAGGCCUGUUCCGCUGGGCCUUGCACCGGAGUCAUGGGUCUUGCUGGAAGGAUCCAUUCGUCCAGAUAGCAAAUGGUUCUGCUUGGACUUUGCUUACGGACAUUUCCGUGAAGCCAACAUCCCUCUACGGUUGCAGCUCAGCUUUGAAGGACCUUCUUCCCCGGCGAUGAUAACCCUCAACGCUUUCAUAGACAGACAGUGGGGGAAAGAGAUCCGGGUACCAACCCAUAUCCGUCCAGGAGAGAAGUUCAAGAUGCAACUCAUUGUCACCUGGAAAGGCUACAAGAUAAUGGAGAACGACACCUUUCUGUGCGAUUUUGAGCACCGCCUUCCCGUAAACAAGAUCGUUUUCCUGAAGAUGAUUGGAGACAUCAAACUCGAGAAUCUGAAAUCAAGCUGGGAGAACAGCAACACAAGGAGGAGGCUUCGUUGAC